GGAUCAUGCUCUUAUUACUGAGAAUAGCUCUAAUGCAAUAGCAAUUGUUCUAAUGAACUUUAAUCAUGUGCUCUUCUAGACAUGUGGGAUAUCACAAAUGGGCAUAAACGAAAACAUAGGCGUAAACACAGGGCAGCCACCCUCAAACAAGAGUUUGUGCCUACUGAAACUUUAUUUGUGCCCUAAAUGGUAGUCCAGCCCCCUAAAUGGUAGUCCAAACAAUAACCUUUCAAUCAUCACCCAACCUGGUUUGGGUAAAAGUUCAUAUCUCGAUCCUAUUUAGGUCAAAAAAGGGAAUUGAAAUAUGAAAAAAAUAAUAUAUGAAGGAAAUAUAUAUAACACAGGGUACAUAUCUUGACACACUGUAUUACUCAAAUUGGAUAAUUGGAUUUUCACUAUCAUCAUUAUCAAAAUUAUUAAGAAGUCAUAAGUAUGAUUUUUAAUCUAAUGAUCAUGUUGCCCCAGCUUAGGCCUCCUCUACCAGUUGUGUGAAAACAUAAAAUGAAGUCUUAUAUUUCAUUCUGACUUUAUUUCAGGAAGACUCUAUUGAAUUUUCCCUAUAUUUAACCUCUAACCCAGGCCUGCUGUACAACUCCUUUAUUGCUUCAGGUUGUGGGAAAAGGUAAGGGAAAAAUCACAGAUGACAUAAGGAUGAGAGAAGUGACAAAUCUUAAAAUCUUAUAAUUGUGAGUAAGAGUUAGGACAUUUUAGGGCUGAAAAAAUGUUGGUUUAAUCAUUUGCUUUAUGAGGCGAUGCAUUGUGUUUUGAGUUGUGUACUCUUUUAUAGGAAUUUUCUUUUCCGUUUAAUUUCCGUUAAUAAGUCCUGUCUGUUGCUCUUCUCUUAUCUCCAGCUUUCCUCCAUGACCACCACUUGUUUUCUACUCUCAGAGUCUCAGCAGCUUCUAAGUUCUAACCCUGGUAUCCGCCUUAACCACACUGCGUUAUCUCCCAUCAAUUCCGUCUUGUCAAGCCAACCGUCCAUGUAUCUUUCCAUUCUAUUUUUCUUGCUCAACUCUGAUCAUCUCCUUUGGUCUCACUGCUUUUCUUCCCCUGUCUGUCCUGCUGUUAAUUUUUCUUUUCAUGUGUUUAAUUACCUAAAAAAGGAGCCAACUUCCUUGAAAUCUCUUUGAGUUUAAAGUGUGCUAAGCCUGCAUUUGUAGCCAUUCCAGUUAUUAUCUUUUUAAUGUUCUAUUGCUUCGUUUUUCUAUCUUUUGAAAACCAUUUGUUCUUAAACAGUGUCUUAACAAAUGAAAAUCAGUUUAGUUUUAAAUAUAGAUGUUGAAAUGGUUGUAAAAUUAUGAAGCACACAAAGUUUGUGAAUUUGUUUGAGUGAGAGUCUGUUGUAAAAUUAUGAAGCACACAAAGUUUGUGAAUUUGUUUGAGUGAGAGUCUGUCUUUUCUCAUUAUCCAUAACAUGCUUAUUGAUUAUGUAAAGUGUUUUUUUGACAUUUCAAAGAAUCAUUUGAAAAGUUAAAAUUAGAUCAAGAAUCUGUAGACUAGAGAGUACAUUAAACAUAACUAGAAGCUAGACUUACACAAUUGCAGGUUAUCUUUUUGUGUAAAAAAAUGUAAAAAAAAGGUCCUAAAAGAGCUUGGGAGAAAACUGGGAUGAGUUCUAAUGACCCCACAUUUGCGAACAAAAGUGCACCCAGCUUGCUCCCUCAUGAGCAUUGUGCCUCCUCUAAAAUAUAUGAAAUGGCGAACAGUGGGGUCAGCUAAUAUCUUCAGCAUUCUAUUUGGUUCCUACUAUUUCACUUUCUUUGCAAUCAGUCAACCUCCUAUUUCACGGCCUCGGUUUUUCUUUCACUGAUAAGCUUAAAUUUGUAGCCAUGUAUCAUAAUCUUCUAUUUACACUAGAAAUAUGGAAUGCCAGCCACUGAAGCAUCGUCACAUGUACGGAGUAUAUGUCACAAACUUAUUUAUUCCAUAGCUUCCUCUCAACUUCUAUGGUGUUCGUGUAAGUGAAUACACACAUUUUACCCACUCCCAAGUCGAUCAAAGUCCUUUAAAAAUGAGCAAAUUGCUUAUGAAGAGUAGCGGUACAACUAUGAUCACUUUUUGCUCAUGAAAUUACAUGUGUGUGCAGGUCUUUUAUAUUCUUAAAUACAUACAUAGUUCAAAUAGAGUCAAAUCAUUUCCUACUACGUACGUUUUUAAUUGUUCUGUGUUAUUUUGUAUCUUUACUAAUAUUGUAUGUAUACAUCAAAGUGUUUAAGUAGUUACCUGUUUCAAUGUUUUUUUGUUUUGUUUUCAUGUGUUUAAUUACAUCAAAAAGGUAAAUUUUUGGGCUAUUAGUAACAUAAACUAGAAACUGGGAGAAUUAAUACAAAUCCCAUUGGAGCACUAGCUGAAAUCAGAAAAAUUGGUCAUUGGAAGGAUAAAAAUUAGUAACAAAAACCAGAAGAAUUAGCCUUGUUUUUUUUAAAUGUUGUAUGAUACUUUAAAUAUUGCAUUACAAAGUAUCUAUUAAUCUUUUAAAGGAUAAAAAAGGGUUGUUUAUAUGUCAAAACAUGUCAUUGGAAGGAAUAUAGACAUUUGUAUGCCUAAGUAAAGCAAUCUCUAAAUGUAACUUUUUUGAAAAGUAAACAACUUACAUGAAUGAAGAAAACAAGAUAGUACAGAUUUACUUGCAAUAUUUGUGUUAUUAAAAUAUAUAUAAAAAAGUUCUUAGGCUCAAUUAGACACUAGCUACUUUGUAUCCAAUUGAACUUAUUUUAAUUAUUUUUGGAAAUUAGUGCCUUCCUAUAAUCACGCGACUUCAAUUUUUAAACAAGCCCUUCAAAAAUAUCUUCUCAAACUAACUGCAUCAACAUGCCAUGUAGGGAGGGCUUAUGUUAUUUCGAAUAAGACAAGUUAAGAAUCUAUUCAUACGUAUACAUCAUGUUACUUAUGGAUGGAUAUCCUUGUUUAAUGUUCAACACAAUUUAUUUAAUUAUUUACUAGAUAUAUUGGACUAACAUCUAUCCUUUUUUGUGCAUAGGUCAGUGGUUUUAUAUGAGGAGUAGUUCAACUAAAGCAUGCAUUAUCAAAGGGGAUUCAAAGUUGUGGGUUCUCACUACUCGAGGCACCAAGUUCACAUUUAUUUGACACUUCUUUUUUGUAUUUGCGCCCUUCUUCUUUUCUCCAGAUAUUGUAUAAAUUUGAAAAAAAACUACAUACUUGUGUUAAACAAAAUACAUUGGGCAUUAUCUCG